GUCUUCUCUGUCACCAUUGACCGGGGUGCGUCUCCCAGGGAGAGAGAGGCCGGAGGUCGUGGGCUUGGAAACAACGAGAUUACUCCAAUAACUUUGCUGCCACCUCACCAACCGCCCUCUUCACCAUGUCUGCGGAGACACCAAGUAAGCUGGCAGAGACCGGUGGUCCGGUUCUGCAGACGGAAAAUGAUUCCAACGUUGGCGGACUCAACAAAAAGUUGAAGAACGAGCCGGAACCGUCUUCCGGAUCGGAACUGGAAGAGGUCGAAUCCGGGACGGUGGACAAAAAGGCGCUGCUCCGGAAGCUUGACUGGCGGCUGCUUCCUGCUGUCGGUAUCUUGUAUCUUCUUUCGUUCCUCGACCGCAGCAAUGUCGGAAACGCUCGUAUCGAAGGUCUUGCCGACGACCUCCACAUGACCGGGAACCAGUACCUGACCGGGUUGACGCUGUACUUCAUCGGUUACGUUCUGUUUGAGAUCCCAUGCAACAUCAUUCUCAAGAGGACAACGCCUCGGUUUUGGCUGCCCACCUUGACCAUCGCGUGGGGUGUCGUAGCCACCCUUAUGGGCAUCGUCCAGAACCUGACGGGCUUCUUCAUCGCCCGUUUCUUCCUGGGUGUGACCGAGUCCGGCCUCUUCCCCGGAGUGGUUUAUUACUUCUCCAUGUGGUAUCAGAGACGGGAAAGGCAGUUCCGCAUCUCGCUGUUCUUCGGUUUCGCCGCCCUGGCAGGCUCCUUCGGUGGCAUCCUCGCCUACGGAAUCGGGAAGAUGGCAGGCGUCGUAUGGGAGAAUGGCUGGCGAUGGAUCUUCAUCCUCGAAGGUAUUGCCACCGUAGUCGUGGCUAUCACCGCCUACUGGUUCAUCCACAACUACCCCGAGACGGCUGGGUUCCUCUCGGAUAAGGAGCGCAGUUUUAUACUACAGCGCCUCGCAGCAGACAGUGACGCAACCCGCGACGAGCGCUUCACAUGGGGCAAUGUGAACAAGGCGCUACUCGAUCCAAAAUGUUGGCUGUAUGGGUUCAGCUUCCACGCCAUGAGUCUUCCGCUGUAUACCUUCUCCCUCUUUCUGCCGACAAUUAUCAAAGAUCUCGGCUAUGAGGCGGCGAGCGCGCAGCUGCUGACGAUUCCCCCUUACGCGUUGGCCUUCAUCACGACCCUGGCCGUUGCAACGGUCUCGGAGCGGACAGGGCAGCGUGCCCUUCCCCUGAUCGGGUCGUCACUAUUUGCCAUUAUCGGGUACAUCAUUCUCUUGACAAAUUCGGACCCCACAAACCGGCCGGGCGUGUCGUACCUGGGUACGUUCUUCGCCGCCGGGGGGAUCUACCCGGCGACGGCACUGGCCCUGUCAUGGCCUGCCAUCAACGUCUCGGGCCAGACAAAGCGAGCCGUUGCCAACGCCAUGCAAAUCAGCAUAGGCAACCUCGGCGCCGUCCUCGGUACGCAGCUCUAUCGAGCCAACGAUGGCCCUCGUUAUUUUGUCGGUCACAGCUUCGCCCUGGGCUACUUGGUAGGCGAAAUUGUCGUCUCAUCGGCGCUGUACUUCCUGCUCAAGAGGGAAAAUGAGAGGCGGGCAGCAAUUAGUCCCGAGGUCAAAGAAGUGGGCGAGUUGGAAGAUUGGAGCGGUGAUGAUGAUCCUAGGUGGAGGUUCCAACACUGAUGGCGAGGCGAGUGGUGAUGGUGGAAGGAGACGGAACCCAACAGUUCAUGCACACCUUCCUCGGUAGGCUGGUCAUUUGUGUAGCUGCCUUGAUGCUAAAGAUCAGCCAGCUUUGUCACAGUGUGUCACAGUGCUUUUGUGCCCAAUUUUGCACCUCUAACUCCGGUCAAGGGCCUACACAGUAGUGUAUACGGACGUAGUUUACUCCGUAGUGUAUGUGUAAUUACCUCGUACAGUACAUGAAGAAACAUGACCACUCUCCGCAAGCACGAAGGAUGGCUAGUGUAGUCCGUAGAGUCGCAAAAUAUUCGCCAUACGAACCU